AACCCCCAUCUCCCUGCCCCAUUUCCAUCCCUUCCAUGGCGGCUCGACGCGACGCCGCCAAAUUCCCUCCCGGCGCGCGCUCAGAAGGGCGGGAAUUUUUCGCGCACCCGCGCCGCCUCGCCUGUAUAAAAUCCCCUAUCCGCCGCUCUUCCUCGCUCCUUUUCCCCACCACCACAACCAGUCCACCAUUGCCUCCCGUCAAAUGGGCCGCAAGGGCAGCAGGGCUAGGGUUUCCCGCGACGCCGACGCCGACGGCGGCGAGGAGGAGGCCGCCGCCGCUCCAGCCGCCACCGGGAGCAAGAGCCUCUACGAGAUCCUAGGGGUUGAGAAGAGUGCUUCACAACAAGAAAUAAAGAAGGCAUAUUACAAAUUGGCUCUGCGUCUCCACCCAGAUAAGAAUCCUGGGGAUGAGGAAGCCAAAGAGAAAUUUCAGCAGCUGCAGAAGGUGAUAUCUAUUCUUGGAGAUGCAGAGAAGAGAGCACUGUAUGAUGAGACUGGCAUUGCUGAUGAUGAUGCACUUGUUGGAGAAGCUGCAGACAAUCUUCAAGAGUACUUCAGAGCAAUGUACAAAAAGGUUACUGAGGCUGACAUUGAAGAAUUUGAAGCUAAAUACAGAGGGUCAGAUUCUGAGAAAAAGGACUUGAAGGAUCUUUAUACAAAAUUCAAGGGCAACAUGGACAGGCUUUUCUGGUCAAUGAUUUGCUCAGACCCAAAGCUUGAUUCCCACCGCUUCAAGGAUAUGAUUGAUGGUGCAAUUGCCGAAGGUGAGCUGAAGUCAACUAAAGCAUACACGAAAUGGGCUAAAAAGAUCUCUGAGAUGGAGCCACCCACAAAUCCAUUACAGAGGAGAGUGAAGAAGAAGAAAAGCGAGGAGAAUGAUCUGAUUCUAGCCAUCUCACAGCGCAGGGUGGAACGGAAAGACCAGUUCAACUCCAUUCUCUCAUCCAUAAUGUCCAAGUGCGACCCUAAGGCGAGCAGCUCGGAGCCCACUGAAGAGGAGUUCGAGCAGGCACGGCGGAGGCUGGAGAGCAGGAGGCCCAAAAGGCGCAAGUGAUGCAGGCUACUCGCCCUGCGCCGAUCAUCGUCGCAAGCUUGGUUGUAACAUGACUUAACAAAGGGGUUUCAGAGAGCCAGUUUCGCUGUAUGAGGAUUGCAGGCUUCUCCGUUGGGCUUUAUGGCUACUCCUUUGCUGUAAGGAAAUACAGUAGUUUAUUUUGCUGAAAUCUGUAGUGGUGUAUCUCUUCCAUGGAACCAGAAGAUGGAAGAGACCGAAGCGUCAUCAGCCACUAUACUCUGCAAUGCUGCACCCGGAUCCUCUGCAUUAGAGAAGGCAACGCAGAUCACUGUAGUAUCUGGUACGUGUUAUGCGCGGAGGAACAGCUAAAUGUAGAAACACUGUAGCGAACACCUGUAGUAACAUGAUUGCGGUUUAGCAUCUGAUAUGAUCUGUUAGUUUUUUAUCCGACGGCUCCAGAGUGGCCUUAAUAUACUUCACGGUAGCUAUUUGCAGUUGUCAAUGGUAAUUGUAGAGGAUUCUAAUCCCGCUAUGUUGGACCGGAAGUUUAAUGUUAUUCUAUGAAAUCGUCAGUGACAUGUGGUC